GUGACAUCCUGUCACUGGCAGAUAGACUUCAGAGGGUGCAUGUACACACGUUUCUCCUGCUACUGCUAAAGGAUCAACCAUGCUGGGGGCAAAGCCCAUCUUUGCUGCCUUCACCCUUCAGCUUCCCUUCCUCCUCCUUUUCUUGACUGGAGUCUCUCCCCAGUGCCAGAUCAGCACAGCCGAUGAAUGUGAGGAGCAAAAAGACUUUGUGCCUGGUUACGGCUUGGCUGGAGAAGGCUUUGACAUCACCACACUGGAGAGGAAGGAGGCCAAGGUGUUGGAUCUGAGUAAAUGGCAGAACGCUGAUGGCACCUGCACCCUGUGCCGGAACCCUCUUCUGGAGGGGAGGCCUCUCCAGAGACUUCCCUUGGCAGCCACUGACUGGGUAGCUAAAGCUGCGUGUCAGAGGAAGAUCCACACUUCCCUACAGAGCUCUGGCAUCGGUGUGGUUCAGGCAGCAGCAGCCGAUGUGAAAAAUGACUGGAAGGUUGGACUGGACGUAGAGGCGAAACCUCAGAAUCAGGUCCAACUGUCUUUGGCUGGAACCCACUCCAAGUUAGCUGACUUCACCAUGGAGAAGGGUAACCAAGACAAGUAUACGUUUGCAGGUCACGAGAUCUCCUGCUCUUAUUACAGCUUCCGUAUCAGCCAACAUACCCUCACCAAGCAUUUCAAGCGUGCCCUGAAUGGUCUCCCUGCCAAAUACAAACCUGACUCCCAGUUGGAAUAUCACCAGCUCAUUGGAACCUAUGGGACCCAUUUCAUCAGUCAUCUUCACUUGGGGGGCCGUGUGAGGGAUGUGACAGCACUGCGGGUCUGCGAGGCAGCAUUGGAUGGAGCGACUGCUGAUGAAGUCAAAGACUGUCUAAACAUGGAGGCCUCAGCCAGAAUUGGCAAAGCAAGUGCCAAUGCAGCCUACAGUAUAUGUGAAGAGCUGAAAAAGAGAAAGAGUUUUAAAGGCAGCUUCCACCAGACCUACAAGGAGCGUCAUACUGAGGUUGUGGGAGGGGACAAACACACCGACUUGCUUUUUUCCAAUGAUCCGGACACCAGUCAGAACACCGAUGCUUACAAGGAGUGGUUGGAAGGCCUCAAGUUUAUGCCUGCCCUCCUGUCUUACUCCCUGCAGCCCAUCCAUAUUUUGGUGCCUAAGGGUGACCCAAAGCGGGAAGGUUUGCGGCAGGCAGUGAGCAAGUAUGUCAAAGACAGGGCCCUUUGGAGGAACUGCACCCAGCCUUGUCCUCCUGGCACCCAACGCAGCGUUCGAGAUCCCUGCUCCUGCAUGUGUCACAGUGACAGCGCUACUAACACCAUGUGUUGCUCCCGGGAGCGAGGCCAGAGCAAGCUGACGGUGACAAUUCAACGUGCCCAUGAUCUCUAUGGAGACCAUUUCACAAGGACAGAUGCCUACGUCAAGGUAUACUUCCAUGGAAUUCAGAGCCAGACAUCCACUGUGUUGAAUAAUGACAACCCAAUAUGGAUGACCCACUUGGAUCUGGGGCAUGUCCAGAACUUGGGAGAGGCCAGUCGGCUCAAAAUAGAAGUCUGGGAUGAAGACAACCGUUAUGAUGAUGAUCUUCUAGGGUCAUGUGACCGAGUUCCCAGGUCUGGGAAACCUCAUAGUGAGGUCUGUUACUUUGAUCAUGGGCGUCUUGAUUUUCAGUAUCAUUUAGAAUGUGGCCCCUUCCUGGGGGGCCCCUACUGCUUGGAUUAUGCCCCUCAGCAGCCACACAGGGGUGCCUUGUUACAACGUGGAGCAAUGUGAAAUCCAUGAUAUAAACAGGCUGCCCAAGAGGGUAAAAUUCAGUGUUUGUUCAAACAAGAAGCUUUUGGAUAUUCAUGGUACUGCUUAUUUUAGAGCAUGCCCCGGGUUUUUUCCUAUAAGCUCUCGUUUAAUUGCUGUAGAUCUAUCUGGAAAAGCUAGAAAAAACACAAAACAACGCAUUACUUACGUACCGAACAAAACUAAUCCUAGAUAUAUAGUAUAGAAUGCUUUUACACAUAUAGAAAGAGAGGUUAGCUUUCAGAUUGCCCUAAACAAAUGAUGGAGAAUGGAUAUCCUCUGUGCACGUAGCAAUCAUUUUUGCUGUUGCUGCUGCAAUCAAAGCAGCGUGCAAUAUUAGAACUGUGCAAUGUUUGGAAGAGGUGCUUCUAAAGGGAUGGGAGCACAACACCUGUCUGCAGCCUGUUACAACAGGUGUAUGGUUCCUGGGAAUGCUUUUUCAAAUUUAAUCUUGAUCACUGCUUAGCCCUUCACCAUAUCCCUUUUCAUUGUCCUCCUUUUUGUUUCCCUAUCUGUCCUAUGUAACUCAGAAAAAUCCACAUUUAGAAAAACCAAAUUGUUCAGAACAAGAUCAAUGUGAAAUAAUUUGUCAGUCCAUAAGGAAGCCACACAGCACCCCACUGCAUUGUUCUACAAAUUCUACAUCUAUUGUCUCCCUAUACUCUCGGACAUCUAAUUUUGUAACUAGCUAUUAAAGGCAUAUUUGAUAUUUUAUUGAUAAGGAGAAUAUGCACUGGCUGCACAUAACUAGAUAUUAAAAGGUAUUUUUAUUGCUUCCUUGUACUUUUGGGGAAAUGAACUACUACUUGGCUUGCAAGUCUUCAAACAACAAUGAUUUGUAACUUGACCCAAUUAACUGAUCUAGAAAAUAUACUCUACCCGGGUUUGCAACCAAAAUAUUUCCUUGCUCAUUUCAAGGUUUGAUCCUCCCCUGAUGUUAAUUCAGCAUGAUCAUAAAGACCAGUUUGGAUUUGUAUUCCAACCCUUUCUAAACCCUCACAGCAGGAGGGGAAAUUUGUACUUUCCAAGGUAGUUGGACCCUAGCAUUCUAUAACUUAUAAAGGAUGGAAAAUACAUUGAUUCCAAGAUAGCCCAUGCAAACUAAUUUUCAGCAGACAAGAUCUGUCUUUGAUUGAUUCAAAAAGUAAGGUACACUUUAUGUCAGAAACUUAAACCUGGAAAAUUAAAAUCACCUAAAAAACAAUUGUAGCUUUUGCAAUUAAAAAAAAAAAAAGACCAAGGGAAGUUGUUUUCCCAAGUGAACCUCCAAAAUAAUGCAUUAAAUCCCUGCAAAUAUAUUUUAAGAAUCUUUCGAAAAAUGCCGUAUCAAGAAUAUAUCACUCACAGCAAAACAUGUAUUUUUAAAACCUUAGCUACAGCUGAGAGAGGGGAAAAAGAUCUAAUUCAUUUUCCAUCAAAUCCUUGGGCUUUUUUGGCACAAUUUGAAAAGGAUGUGAAACAAGGAGGUAUAGGAGGGAGUAAGAAUGAAUUUGAAAUAGAAUUAUGCAAAGAUGUAAUCACAAGAAUUUAUAAAUUUGCUGUUAAAAUAUGAUACAGAAGCUGAACAAGUUUAAAAAUGUAACAUUAGAUGGGUGCUAAAUUCUGGGCAUAGUAUUGGCGUGGAUAUUUGGGGAAAAAUGUAGACUAAAAGUAUUAUAUUUACUCUGUGCAAUAAUUUUAGAGAAAUUUUUUAUAAAAUGAUGUAUAGAUGGCAUUUGACACCUGUGAAAGUAUCAGAAAUGUAUAACAAUGUUUCAAAUAAAUGUUGGGAAUAUGGAAAAGAGGAUGGAGCCUAUUAUCGUAUGUGGCGGACUUAUGAAGUGGCCAAACACUUUUGGUCAGUGAUCCACAGGACGCUGAUGAAAAUAAUAGGAAUCUCUUUUCAGAUGAAAUCAGAACUUUACUGAUUAGGGUUUGUGGAAGAAGAACUGAGUAAAAAGCCCAGCGUCUUAUGGUUGUAUAUGAUCACUGCAGCAAGAUUAUUAUAUGCGCAGAAAUGGAAAAAUAAAAAAGCUCCAAAUGUUAAAGAUUGGAUAUUUAAAGUUAUGGAUUUGGCAGAGGUGGCAAAACUGACAUGUCUAAUAAGAGAGAAAUCUAUAGAAGCUUUUAUUAAAGACUGGCGUCCAUUUAUGAAUUAUAUUACAAAAGUAGAGAUAAAAUAGCUUGAUGAUAAAGGAUUUUAUAGAUUCAAUAAGGGGAGAAUACAGAAAAUUUAAAUAGUGAUUACAACAGUAUAAAAGAAUAAGAAACGGUUAUGGAUCCAUGAGGAAAGUGAAAGAAAUGGACUAUAUGCUUUUUAAGUUAGACAAUAUGCUUUUUAAGUUAGAUGUUUAGUUUUGUACUUGCAGGUUUAUGUUUCUGUAUUAUGCUUUUUUCAUGUUUAUUUUAU